UCUGAUGCCGAAAGGUGGAAAGAGUGGACAACUGUCCAGCGAGACAGCUUUACAGCCAUAUAGGACUGAUUUUGAACAGCCAGCAUAUAUGGAGAUGAGCAGACCAGAACAAACCCUGGCCACUUUGCUAGAGACAGCCUUCAGGAUCAAAGAGGAUGUAGUCAACAGUCUGCAUGCCACCCAGGGAUCUGUUUUAAUGGAAGCAUCUGCAAGGAAACUUCUAGAAAACCACAUACAUAUCAUCACAAAUAUUGUCAAACAGCUCAGCAAGGACAUUCAGGUGCUGGAGGCUCAGAUUGUUCAGAGAGACAGUAUAGCAUCAGGGACAACUUUUGCAGUUCAAAGCCUGGAUCAUAAGAACUUGGCUGUGGUUGGAGAUCUUCGUGGUAGAGUGACCAGGUGUGAUGCCACCAUAGCCAAGCUCUCUAGAGAUGUCACUGCUGGAGGACAGGAAAUCCUGAAGCUUCAGCAGGAAGUCACUGAAAUGCACUCUGCAACUGAGAUCAGGCUCAGAGAUUUAGAGCUCAGGAUUUCAAAGUCUUUGGCAAGGUUGGAGACAUCCCAGUCAGAGCAGAUUGAGUCCCAGAAGAAUACUACAGGAGAUAUACUGAGGGACAUUCAACAGCUUGAAAUAAGGACAUCCAGUGGACUGAGGGAAUUGGAGGAGGAAGCAGCCAGGAUCAAGAAAUGGACAGAAGAGCAGCUAAGCAACACGGCCCAAAUGCAAACAGAAAACAAGCAACAGCUGCACACACUGCUGCAGGACAGGAUGGUGGAGAUGGAGGAGAAGCUAAAAGCACAAGUACAUCUCAUUUCUGCUCACCUUGACCGUGUGGAGAAGCAGUUAGAAAAGGAGAGUUCUGCAGACCAGGUGAAGCAAACGGAGAGCAAAAUUAAUACCAGAAUUCAGGCAAUGGAGAAGAGCUUCCAAGCUGAACUGGAACAGAUGAGGAGGGAGUAUCAGUCAGGUUUCCAAUCGGUCCACGAUGCCAUCGCUUCCCUGAGAGACAUUGCUGACACCAAGGCCAAACUUGACAAAGGAGAGCUGAAGAAAGAUAUCAGACAGAUUCGGAGGAUGAUGGUGGGACAUGCAGACGCCUGAGAGACAGUGAAGGAGAGCACAAGCUUUUAAACCAACAUGGUCAAUGACUUUUUAAUGAAUUCUCAUUAGUUUGAUAAUAGAGAGGGAGCUACUAUUCUGAGCAUAAUCAAUUACUUAUGAGUCUGAUGUAAAUGGAGUACAAGAUUCAGCAAUUAAGUAAGGAAUAAAAUCUAAUAGGAAAAUAAGCAUGACAGGGUGGUGUGAUGUUUUGAUCACUCGAAGUUAAAUAUUUUACUCUAACAGAAAGUGUUAUAAUUGUAUUUAAUGUAUGGAACCUGGCUAA